AGCCAAUGGCGCGGGCGCCGUCCAGUCCGUCUUGGUCCUCUGGCCAUUGACAUGGUGACACUCUAGGCCAGUAGGCCUCGAGCACGCCUCUCUGAUCGCCCUGGCUAAGUCACUUGGGAGUCGACUCCAUCGGGAAGAGGGCUAACAUGCGGCUCUGCGAGUCCUAGCAGGGAGCCUGCCCUGGCUCUGACUGGCCAGCCGCCGAAGGUUCCUCCCUGCCCUCCACCCUCCAGACCAUGUCGAUGGCGCACGCUCGUGUCAAAUGCAAUCCUCUCCCAUUCCGUGAUGCUCUUGCUGGCCCCCCCUUUCUGCUCGCUUGAUAACUUUUGGUUUAUCAGGUCGAAAGACUGCGAGGGUGGCCCACCCACAUGUGGUCUUAUUCAUAUACUCCAGAAGCUCGUCCCUGAUACCGAUGCUUCAUGAACUCUCUUCCUCCCCCAUCCUCUCUUCUUCUGCCUGUCAGUGCCACCGUUACUGUCAGUGGAACAUCACGCAAGCACUUCCCCGUACACUGGACCUUGCAGUCUGCAGCAGACCUACCACUAGUCUUCUGGCUGGGCGCAUGAUGCACCGUUACUCACUCUAUCAGGAUUUGCUCGGGAGCGAGGGCCCAGAGUAUAUGUAUGAAGAUCCCGACGACCACGGCACUCCCAUUCAAUACUGGUACCACCACGGAGACUUUCACUCCAUCAAUCCGUUACUUGGGUCCUUGUCGCCGCAUGACCUAAGUGCCCAGUACCAGAGACCGGGGGGAUUGCAACAUUCCUGUGCCUCCUACGACCCGGCCGCCCAGGGCUUCAGCCACCCGCCUUUGUGGGAAACUGGUGACAGAGCCCUCCCUCAACUGGAUGGCUUCGACCCCGACCGUCGCGACAUUGAUCAUUACCGCCAUCUGCGUCAUCCCUCCCCAACCGACCCUUGGGGGUUCGCUCUCUCCAGCAACAGCGACUCGUCAAUGAGCGAGUAUGCUUGCAGUCCAGAAGCAGUUCGGAGCUCGCUCAACGUACCCUUUUCUCACUCACCCCUGGAAAUCUACGUCGCCCCUACAGUGCAAGCAUCGGUCGCGGGCCACGGUUGGACUUCGCAACCGCUUUUCAUGUCCCCUCAUCCUUCCACACCUAUCCCGGCCAGCCACACUGUCCCCAGCAUGAGAGAUCUCCAGGUCACGCCGGAUCCAGAACCAGAACACGAUGACGAGCAUCUCGACGCAAAGGAGGCUUUUCACUCCAAGAUCAACUUUCCCGUAGAGAUCGAGCUCUCGGAGCAACUCGUUAGCCCACCCGACUCAGGGCUUGAUCAAUCCGUCCACGACGACGAUAUAAUUAAAGGUGAAGAGGAGGAUUCCGACAUGCCCGAGACCGACAACGAUCCCGACUUCCUCCCCAGAAGGAAUACCAUCCACCGGCAGUCCGGCACCACCAGACGCCACUCUCUGCGUGAACCACGACGUCCAAGAUCUGUCAUUGACCCAAGAGCCCGCGUACAGAAACAGACCCAUACCCGCGACACGCUCGACAGUGGUAGCUCGCGGUCCAAGAACAAGAAAAAGCCCCCGGCGGUCAAGAAGGAUGAAUCGGACUCGAAGCACUUUCCGUGCGCUUUCCACCACUUCGGCUGCUAUGCCUCGUUCGGCAACAAGAACGAAUGGAAACGACACGUCAACUCUCAGCAUCUCCAACUUGGCUACUACCGGUGCGACAUGGGCACUUGCUCGCCGGAAACAGCGCGAACUCAGCAUCGGGGAUUCAAUGACUUCAAUCGCAAGGAUCUUUUCACCCAGCACUGUCGCCGCAUGCAUGCCCCCUGGGCCGGAAGUAAAACAGGCGAGCAGGGUGUGUCGAAGAAAGAGCGAGACAACUUCGAGAAGGAGCUUGAUGUCAUCCGCGCACGCUGUUGGGUUGACCGCCGAAAAGGUCCUCAAAAGACCAACUGCGGAUUUUGUGGGAAGAAGUUUGUCGAGGGCAAAGAGUCUCGCGGCUGGGAUGAAAGGAUGGAACAUGUUGGUAGACACUUUGAGAGGGACCAUCUGAAGACCAAAGACGAAAAGGUCGAUGACGAUCUGAAGGAAUGGGCUAUCAACGAGGGUGUUGUGAGAGAAGGGAGGAGGAAAGGGGAGUUCUGGCUCGUGGGCUUUGAGCCUGCCCAGCCCAGUCGCCGUUCCCGAGGGCAGAGAAGGAGCAGAAGAUUUAUCAGGGACGAUCAAGAAGAGGUUGCCAUGUCGGACGUUGAUGCCGAGGCCGAAGACGAUGAUGAGUAGGCCUGUCGAUAAAAGGUGUUUGCUGCUUGACACAGUGGGGUUAUGGUCAACCAAGGUGACGGCGUUAUCGGUUGCUACUCAUGGUUGAAGGGACGUUCUUGAGGUCAGGACAAAUGUGAUGGACAUAAUGAUACCCCUCUAGGUCUUGGGAAAAGGAGAAAAGCA